UUAGAGUUCUGACUAUGGCUUUAAUUGAAGCAUUCCUCUUGCAGGGCUCCAUCACAGGUACAAUACUGGGUGUCCUUCUGCUGUUUUUGAUUUUUUAUCUCUUUUCCAGCAGCUCCAGCUCUCAGGAUAAGGAGAAAUAUCCUCCAGGACCCAAACCUCUGCCUCUGCUUGGGAAUCUGCACAUUCUUGACCUCAAGAAAACCUAUUUGAGCCUUUUUGAGCUGUCAAAAAAAUAUGGGCCAAUUUACACUGUGUCUUUGGGUCCUAAAAAAGUGGUAAUACUCUCAGGAUACAAGAUAGUCAAGGAGGCACUAGUGAACCUUUCCGAGGAGUUUGGAGACAGAGAUGUUUCACCCAUAUUUCAUGAUUUCAACCAAGGAUAUGGGAUUGCAUUUUCCAAUGGUGAAAACUGGAGAGAAAUGAGACGCUUUGCUCUGUCCACCCUACGAGAUUUUGGAAUGGGCAGAAAGAGAAGUGAAGAGUUGAUCAUUGAAGAGAUUAAAUAUGUAAAGGAGGAAUUUGAGAAGUUCGGAGGAAAACCAUUUGAAACAAAACUGCCCUUAGCCUUGGCCGUUUCAAACAUCAUCGCUUCAAUUGUCUUCAGCGUCAGAUUUGAAUACAGCAACACUAAGUUACAUCGCAUGGUCGGACGGGCUUACGAAAACAUGAAGUUGACUGGAUCUCCUUCUGUUCAGAUCUACAACAUGUUCCCUUGGCUUCGCCCCUUUGUGGUGAAUCGGAAUCAAAUUGUGAAGAAUCUGGGAGAUACCUUUAAACAAAAUGAGGAAUUAAUAAAUGGUGUAUUGAAGACUUUAGACCCUCUCAACCCCAGAGGAAUCGUUGACAGUUUCCUCAUACGACAGCAGAAGGAUGAGGAAUCUGGCAAAACAGACUCACUGUACAAUUCAAACAAUUUAUAUUGUACAGUUAACAACCUGUUUGGAGCUGGUACCGAUACUACAGUCACAACGCUACGUUGGGGUCUUCUGCUAAUGGCCAAAUACCCUGAAAUACAAGCCAAGGUUCAAGAUGAGAUUGAACGAGUGAUCGGUGGACGUCAGCCAGUUGUAGAAGACAGGAAAAACUUACCAUAUACAGAUGCUGUGAUCCAUGAAAUCCAGAGAUUUGCAGACAUUUCACCCAUCGGUGCCCCCCGUCAGACCACCUGCGAUGUUCAUCUGAACGGAUAUUUCAUCAAAAAGGGUACCCCUGUGUUCCCUCUACUGGUCUCUGUGUUGAGGGAUGAAAAUGAGUGGGAAACACCUGACAGCUUUAACCCAAAACACUUCCUAAGCGAACAGGGACAGUUUGUGAAAAAAGACGCCUUCAUGCCUUUCGGUGCAGGGCGCAGGGUUUGUAUUGGAGAGAGUUUGGCUAGGAUGGAGCUCUUCCUCUUCUUCACGUCUCUCCUUCAGUAUUUCCGCUUCACUCCUCCUCCUGGAGUGUCUGAAGAUGAUCUGGAUCUAACACCAGUUGUGGGCUUCACACUGAAUCCAACACCACACCAACUGUGUGCGGUGAAACGCUCUUAGUAGCAUCAUACAUGCUGUUAAAAUAUAUUCUUUCAUUGUACUGUAUUAAUACUAUUAUUUGCUUGUAUAUUGCAUUUAUUAGCUUUCCACUGGAAAACAGAUUCAAUGUUUAUCUCUUUUAUAUAUAUAUAAAACUUGUGCACUUACUGUAGCUGUUCUUUAGUGUAAAAGCAUGCUAAAUGUGUAAAUACAUAAAUCACACAAAAAAAUAAAUCAAAUAUAGUUAGUAAUACCUAAAACUGAUGUGCAGCUGUGAACAUGAUUUUUUUUUCUGAUUUCUGGAAGCUCAGAAAGUGCUGUUGGUGGCUUUCAAAUGUGA